AUGAGUACGCCAGGUAAUUUGUUACAUCAACAGAUGUUCAACUCGUAUUCAAAUAGUUACGAAACACUUACAAGACUUGUGGAUGGAAUCAUAUGUCCAGGAGCAGAUAUGUUUCUCGAGUGGCGACAUAUUUGUGAUGGGUUCGCUCAGUGUACAAAUGGGACUGAUGAGCUUGAUUGUCAUCUUUUGGAAUUUUUCAAAUGUGAAACAGAUGAAUUUCAAUGUCGCAAUGGAAUGUGUAUUCCAGCUGAGUUCGCCUUCGAUGCAACGCCUGAUUGUAUGGACUUGAGUGAUGAGCAAGCGCUUGAUGAACGCUACAAAGAUUACGAUCCCUGCGCAAGACAAUCGAUAGCCGAAUGCGAUGAUCGACUGUGUCGUAAAGACCAAUUUUCAUGUGGAAAUGGUGAAUGUAUUCCAUGGUCAGCAAUUCUGAACGACCAAAAAGACUGUAGCAACUUGCGUGAUAUCGCCUACAUUUGUGAAACAUCGAACUUGGUAUUACUGAAUCGUGGAAAAUGGCUUGGUAUUUGUAAACAAACGAUGGAACUUGUUCCUCCUUUGACAAACAGUUCAGACUGUCGACAAACUCUUGGACAUUUAUUACAAACUGUGCCUCAGCAGCAAUUGAGUGAGCUUGCCGUCAUCAAUCUCAGAAGUCGUUGUGAAAAUUCCAUCCUAUAUUUCGAACAAAAUGCUUUCUUCCCAGGUUUGAAAAUGAUCUACAAUCGCUCUAUUAUCGAGCGAUUCUUCAGCAAUCCAAGUAACUCACGCAAACCAAUAUCAAAGACACCUGAUCUAUACUAUUUCAGUGGUGCCAUCAUCUGCGACGGAAUAUCGUUUAAUAUAUCGGAAAAGAUCUGGUUCAGUCAUCAAGAAUUGCAAGAACUCACCUCUUACCCUUUUUUUCCACUAUUUCACUUAAUUUGUCAAAAAAUAAUGAAUGAAUCGUCGAGUAUUAUAAAAACUGAAAAUAAUUUGGAUUCAUCAAUCUCACCAUCGUUCUAUCGAUGCAAAAAUACAUCAGAUCGCUUGUCAUUACGUCGAAUUAAUGAUGGUUAUAUCGAUUGUCUGUAUGGUGAUGAUGAGAGAAAUUCCGAUUAUCCAAUGACUCAACUGUUUCGUUAUCAAUGUCAAACUGUCAUAUCCCCGUCUCAAUAUGUCAGCUAUGCUAAAUUAGGUGAUGGCGUCGAUGAUUGUGCCGAUGGAAGUGAUGAAGUAUCCAAUGAGAUACGCUGGUCAACCUUCAAAUGUGAUGUGAAUGAUAAUUACGCGUGUUGGGUUUUUCAAGGCGAUCAGUUCGGAGAGAAUCGUCUAAAAGACGUUCGACUUCAUUUUCAUCGUCACUGUGAUUCGAUCUGGGAUAUAAUGGAUGGUCGAGACGAAAAGAACUGCUCAUAUUGGAUGUGCGAUCCCGGUUUGUACAAGUGCAAUCGAUCAGGACAGUGCAUCGAGCGAAAAUCCUUUUGUGAUGGAGAAUUCGAUUGUGACGAUGGCGAAGAUGAAGUCAAUUGUCCUCUGAUAUUACAAAAAUGGAAAUUUGAACUGAACUGUAAUUAUAGCACCGAAUAUUUUUGUAUAACUGAUGAAUAUAUCAAGAAUCAAAGUUUUAAUCGUUUUUGUAUUUCUCGGAAACAAGUGGGUGACGGGCAUAUUGAUUGUAUUGGAGCUCGCGAUGAACGUAAUGUUGCAUCGUGUCCUGAUCAUCGAAUGGUUGGUGAUCGUUUCUUAUGCGAUAAUGGAAGGAAAUGCAUUGAUUACAUGGCAGUAUGCAACGGAAUCAAGGACUGUGUGGACAAAACUGAUGAGUCAAUUUGCUAUUGGAAUACUGGCUAUUGUCCUGUCGGAGAGUUUUCUUGUGCAGACCUAAAAGGUUGCAAGAGCACAAGGUGUACAAGAGAGAUAGCAUGCACUGAUAAGUCCCAGUAUUUCUGGUGUCCGAAUUCAAUCAAUGAAAAUUAUAUCUAUCGCUCGAGUAAGGAUAGAUCAGCAUUUGAUAUUAAAAAAGGAUGUUACAAUCAAUUGCAACCCCACACUAAACUUGCAAUUCCAUCUUCAGCCGAAAAUCAACAAGUGAAAGCAUUGGAUCACCGAUACUAUUACUGUAAUCGAGGUUUUUAUCUACAAGCAGUCGACAGCUCAGAAUUCUUCUGCUUUUGUCCGCCGACUUUUUACGGAGAUCGUUGCCAAUUCAACAGUCGACGAGUAGCCAUUCGGCUUCGUUUCGAUCGAAGGCAACGCCCUGAUCUUCCGCUUGUUCUGAACGUCCUCGUCAUGCUUUUUUUAAACGAAAGCAUAGUAGUUGAUCAUCGAUUUUUGUUUGAUGAAGCCAAAGAAUACUCAUCGAAGUCUACGACCCACUUGAUCUAUCCUCGUCCGAAACCUCCGGGUACCUUUUCUGUUCGAAUUGAGACCUAUCAUUCUACAGAAUUAAUCCAUUUCUGGGAAUAUCCUAUCAGUCCACUGGACUUUUUGCCUGUAUUACGUAUUACCAAAGUGCUUCGAUUUCCUGCUCGAUCAUUUCCCUGGCUUUGUUCACACAACUACUGUGAAAAUAAUGGAACCUGUCAUCAACGAGAGGACAACCGAUUUCUCUGCAUUUGUGCAUACGGUUGGAAAGGUAAACUGUGCGAGAUGAAAACUGAGCACAUUCAUUGUGCAUCACAUUCACUGGCACGAACAGAAACCAUCUGUAUUUGUCCACAAGGCUACCUCGAACCUUACUGUUACGUUCAGAAUCUAAAAUGCCAACAAAACAACUGUGAACUGAAUGAAACUUGCAUUCCACGAUCACAUCCUCCUAUCUAUGGACAUAUUUGUAUCUGUAACACAUCCAAUUGUAAUAUCAACCGACCAGUGAUUAGUGUUCAGCGACAAGAGCCGAAUCAAUCACCAUUUCUUUUGCAAUUACUCCAACUUACAGGAGACUAUCCGACGAUUCGUCAACAAAUUCUCGUUCAGUCACUGACCUCGUUUCCACUGAUUCAAAUGAUAAAAACUCGUAAUAGGGGUUAUGUAAUUGGAGAACAACCUGAAAUCGGAUUACUCUUCACUUUUGAAUCAAACGCACAUUCAAUCGAGACUACAUUAUAUUUGCUCUUUAUCAAUUGUUCUAAUGCGAUGCGAAACUUUUCUGUUGAUCUUGAUCAACAACUAAACAAAUGUCAUGUUCUACCCGAAAAUCAAAGACAUGCUGUCACCUUGUUUGGUAAUUUUUGUCAAAGUUUCAUCUAUGGUACUUGCUUUAUAUCUGAUGGAUAUCUCUGUUAUUGUGGUUAUCCGGAUAAAGAUCAGAGUAAUUGUCUUUCUUAUCAACGACGAUACACAGUAUGUAGCUAUUGUCAAAAUCAAGGACACUGUGUUCAAGGUGAUCUAACAAACAGAACUGAUUUUGCUUGUGUAUGCCCAAAAAAAGAAACAAUCAUUGGUAUUGAUGUAUAUUCAACAAUAUCUAUAUUUGAAAUUAAUAUCAAAAUUCAACGAUGUAACAUAAAUGAUUCGCCAUUUUUAUUAUUAUUUACUCGUUUAAAGACAAAUAUUGUACUUAUGGGUGAAGGAUCUUGUAAAGCAAUUGAUGACCAUACUACACUUAUGGUUAAUCGGUAG